CAAGCACACAAGCAGGGCAAGAGCACCGCCCUUCUCCCCCACUCCGCCUCACGCCCCGCCCGCCCACAGUGUCCAAAUGCAGGGUUGAGACCUGUGAUCCAGACCGGCAGGGCGCAGGCCAGGUAUCCGUGGUAACCAGCUGUGGGCGAGUCAUUUAUUGCCAUCCCUCCUGCCUGCACUUAACAGUUUGCAAGGUGUUUCACGCCCUAAUGUUAUUGCAGCCUUUGCAACAGCCCUGCCAGUGGCCAUCAAUGCCCCCAUUCCACGCUCGAGCAAGCCGAGGCUCUGCGAAGCAGCCUGGGGCUCCCGGGUCAACGCAGCUGCUUCAGCUGCUUCAGGAUUAGAACUCUAGGACCCCUGGAGGCGACUCCAGGCUCCGCCCCCGACCGCCCCUCCUCCACGCGGCCUCUGGCUGCGCUAUCCAGGAGCCUCACUGAGGCCACAGAGCUGGGCUUGGCUCCGAUCUCGAACCUCUUCUGCUGUGGGUCUUGGGCUCCAGGGACCAGCCACCCACGGUGGCGGCACAACUGACUGUGGGCCCAGCCCCGAAAGCCGCAAGCAGGCACCAUGGAUUGGAAGAAGCUUCAGGACCUGUUGAGCGGUGUGAACCAGUACUCCACAGCAUUCGGACGCAUCUGGCUGUCAGUCGUGUUCGUCUUCCGGGUGCUGGUGUAUGUGGUGGCGGCUGAGCGUGUGUGGGGUGACGAGCAAAAAGAUUUUGACUGUAACACCAGGCAGCCUGGCUGUACCAACGUGUGCUACGACAACUUCUUUCCUAUCUCCAACAUCCGCCUCUGGGCCCUGCAGCUCAUCUUCGUCACGUGUCCUUCGAUGUUGGUCAUCCUGCACGUAGCCUACCGCGAGGAGCGGGAACGGAAGCAUCGCCUGAAGCACGGGGAUCAGUGUGCCAAGCUAUACAGCCAUCCUGGCAAGAAGCACGGCGGCCUGUGGUGGACCUACCUGCUCAGCCUCAUCUUCAAGCUCAUCAUUGAAUUGGUCUUCCUGUAUGUCCUGCACAGGCUCUGGCAUGGCUUCACCAUGCCACGUCUGGUACAGUGUGCCGGUGUGGACCCCUGCCCCAACACCGUGGAUUGCUACAUCGCUCGACCCACGGAGAAGAAAGUCUUUACCUACUUCAUGGUAGGCGCCUCCGCUGUCUGCAUUAUUCUCACCAUCUGUGAGAUCUUCUACCUCAUUUUCCACAGGGUUAUGCGAGGCCUGAGCAAGGUCAAGUCUACAAAGAGCAGCAGCUCCCCAAAGUCCUCCAGCCGAGCCUCCACCUGCCGCUGUCAUCACAAGCUUCUAGAGAGUGAGGACCCGGAACCAGGCAAUGCCAAGCCACGGGCUUCAGCACCCAGCCUGACCCCCAUUUGAACAGCACGAUGGAGGAGGAGUGAAGCAGGGAGGUGCUGCGGGUGGAGGGAUCCCGGGGGUGCUGGGGGUGCCCACUUUGAAUUCACUAAGCUAGCCAAUUAAUGUUUGAAGCAGAUAUUUGUGGGUGCUGGGCUCUGUGCUGGCUACCUGGUAUAGGUAACACGGCAAACCCAGCUUCAGAAAGAUAUUUAGAUUAACAAAUUAACUACAUGCAUGCAAGGGUCUACUUAGCUGAGCUGGUAAACAGGGCUUCUACCUACCCCAGGGGACUGUCAUGCCAGGCAUCCAUCCUCUUUGAAUUGCACAGCGGAAGAGAGAAAUGGAAGGGGGUGGGCUCUCCAGAAGAGACAGCAACAACAAAAACAACUGGAGAGAUGCUGGCCAUGGACUGGGGACAGCCAGCCAGAGGGAGUUUUUACUCCCCCAUGAGAAGCUGCUCUGGUUCCUAAGUGGAAUGAAUGUUCUGGAGGCCAGAGAACAAAUGUGUUAAGUGGUCUUGUGUCAAUUGCUGCUGGGACACUUGGGGGUUCUCUGGAUGCUCUUCCCCAACCUCCACCUUCAGGCAGCAAUACUCUUCUUCCUCCCGCCAGAGUGCUCAGCCCGCUGCACCCUGUGGCCAGGACCUUGGGGGCAUGCAUGGAAUGGGAAUACAUCCAAGUCAGUUUUCUUUAGAUCAAUAAAGCUGUGUUUUAUACAA